AUGAUUAAUGGCUCUUUCAACAUAAGGGGUGGAGGUAGCAUCUUAAAGAGGAAGAGGGUUAGCCAGAUUCUGAUCAAAGGCAAGGCUGAUAUUUUCCUUAUUCAGGAAUCUAAAUUAGCGAUCGUCGAUGCCAGCGUUAUCAAGAGCUUAUGGCCAAAGGAGAAUGUGGGAUGGUCUUUUUCUAGUUCCCAGGGUGCCUCAGGUGGUCUGAUAACUUUGUGGAUGGAAGAUUCUUGCGUGGUUCUGAACAGUUUCAAGGGAGAAGGUUAUUUAGGUAUAAAAUUAAUCAGAAAAAGAAAGCUUUAUUAUGUUGUUAAUGUCUAUUCCUCCUGUUUUAUUCAUCUCAAAAGGAAGCUUUGGAAGGAGUUACUUGAGCUUAAAUCUAAGUAUACAGAUGGGGAGUGGUGUUUAGGAGGAGAUUUCAACGCGAUCUCGAAUAGUAGGGAAAGGCGCGGCUCUAAGCUUCAUGGUAGAAGUACGAAAAUGAGGGAUUUUGCAGAUUUUAUUUCAGCUACAAAUCUUAUUGAUAUUGGGGAAUUGUUGGGCAAUUCAUUGAUAAGAGACAUAUCAGACCAUUGUCCGAUUUGGCUAUCUAUCGAUCAUCACGAUUGGGGACCCAGACCUUUCCGUGUUAAGGACGUUUGGUUCGACGAUGGAGCUUUUUUAUCCUUUGCUGAAAAAGAGUGGAAGCGUUUAGACGCCAGGGGCAGAAGUGACUUUGUUUUAAAGGAGAAGCUGAGGUUGCUCAAAUUUCGGCUCAGCAUAUGGGACAGGGAAGUUUUCAAAAGAUUGGAUUUAGACAUAGACGAAGGCAUUGAUGUUAUUAAUGAGGUGGAUUCCUUGCUAGAGAGCUGCAAGGAGGUUAUGAUCAAGGAGAUAGUGGUGAAGAGAAGUGAAGCUGUUUCUAAGUUAUGGCAGAAUUUGUCUUUGAAAGAUAGUUUAGUAAUGCAGAAAAGCAGAUCAGAGUGGGCUUGCAAAGGGGAUCUAAACUCUCGGUUUUUUCACAAUUGCUUGAAGGAUAGAUAUAGAAGAAACCAUUUAGGCCCUUUAGUUUCGGAAGGAGGCAUGCUGGAAUCGGUUGCAGAGAUAAAAGAGGAGGUGAGGAAUUUUUACGCGAAGCUUUAUUCUGAAUCUGAUUACAACAGGCCUGUGUUGAAUGGAAUCAGUUUUAAGGCCUUAUCUGAAGUGGAAGUUUCUGUGUUGGAGGUGCCUUUUACCGAGGUUGAGAUUCGGAAUGCUGUGUGGGAUUGUGAGGGCUCUAAAAGUCUUGGCCCGGACGGUUUCAACCUCAACUUCAUCAAGAAAUGCUAG